UACAAUUAUACAAUUAUACACGGACGUGUUUAUUAUCUUAGUCUGUGUCUAUGGAUUGUUAUAUAUCUUUGCUUAUGAUUAGAUUAGUAGAUUACGUCUUGAUCAAACGAAUGAAAUGUAGGUAAACUUGAAUUUUUAAAAAAAUUUAUGAAAUUAUAACCAUGACAAAUUAAAUUUAAUUUGUCAUGAUUAUAACUAUAAUGGUACUUUUUCACGUUUAAAUCAAUGUUAUAAAUUACCAUCAAAUAAUAAUUUAGAUGAUAUACACAUAUAAUGUCUAUGUCCAGAUUUUAUUAUCCUAAUAUAUCUAUUAUGACUUAUGACAUCAAUAACUUUCUUUAUUGUAACUAUUUUUAAUUUUAAUUAAACCGAAUGAUUAAAAAUGGUUAAAAAUUAUCGUGUCGUUGUAUUUGGAGUGAAAGGUGUUGGUAAGACAGCAAUAUUGGAACAAGCUAUUUAUGGACAUUUUAGCAAAAAUUAUAAACUGUGGCCUACUAUCGAGGAUAUAUACCAUGCUUCUAUAGAAACUGACAAAAAGAUACGUGAACAAGUUCGUUUUUAUGAUACUGCCGGCCUAGAUUUGACACAGUUACCUGAGGUUGGAUUGUAUUCAAAUCCAGAUCCUUCACUUAUGUUAUCUUUUGGUCAAAUAGCUAAACAGUAUGCGUCCAUUGCAGAUGCCUUUAUACUAGUAUAUGAUACAAGUCGACCAGAAACAUUUGAUUGCUUGGUAACAUUAAAAAAAGAAAUUGAUAAGAAUAAGGAAAAAAAAGAUGCAUUUUAUGUCAUUGUUGGCCAUAGAAUGCGAGAAAUGGAUAUCAAAGCUCCAACUUUAGAGUGUCCUUCAAGUCGAGCUUCCCAUUGGUCUAUUAGAGAAAAAAUGAAGCAUUUUGAAGUUAAUGCUUUAGACCGGACUAGUUUAUUUGAACCGUUUAUUUAUAUUGCUUCAAAAUUUAAUACUGUACAACCAAAGAGUAGUUUUCCUCAGCUAGUACGAAAAGGUACUCAACAUUAAUGUCUAUUAAUGCCAUUUUACAUUAGUGCCUCCCCAAUUCAAUUACUCUCAUUACUUUUAACUUGUAAUAAACAUUACUUAUUGUACUCAUGUAUAAAUUGUAACUAAUUUAUUUUUAAUAAAAAUAUUUUUUUUUAAUUAAAAAAAUUCUUACCUUAAAGGUAAGGUAAUUUGUAAUAGGUAAUAAAUUCACUCUAAUAUUAAAAAUAAUAAGAUAAAAAUUAAUUAUAUGAUCUGAAUAUAAUAUUUGAUAGGUAUGUCAUGUCUUCGGUUUUUUAAUGGGGGGGGGGAGGAGGGGAUAUGUUAUGCAUUAAUAAGCAAUGAUACGUUUCAAAUGUUAUUAUAUCCUACAUCGAAGUAUAAAA